GCUAUGGUAGCGUCAUGUAGCGGGAGUCGCUACAGUCUUAGCCAUUGGCGAAUCAUGCCGUGCUCUUGCCGACCUGCGUUUGCUGAUGGCCUUUAUACGGUUCGGCUUUGAUCUUCGUCUCGGUGGACUCGGAGUUGUUGGCUUUGACAACAUUUACUGCCAGGAUCCAAACAAAGCACCCCUCGGAGGAGAUGACGCUGCGAAUCAGGCCAAUGAACUCAACAAGUUGUUGCGUCUCAAAGGGCCGCAGCAGCUCUCGGUGCAAGCAUUGAGGCCACAGCAGUUGGGCGCGCCACGGCACAAACAGCCGACAAAAAGUUCCAAGAUGAGACAAAGGCUGAGGCCGGUGCGCUUUACAUUUGUAUCACAGCGGCCCAUGGACUGAAGAGGUUGUUGGAUAUGGAUCCGUAUGUGGUGAUCAGAGCUGGUACCAAGGAAUGGCAAACUUCG